UCCUCACGGUAGGCGUGGCCGAACGGCCGAACCGAACUGCCCGCGACGCCGACAGCCCGGGCCCACAGCGCAGCAGCAGCGGGACGGACGGGCGAGGAAACUGGGAAAGGGAGCGAGGGGUCAGGACUCAGGAGGAGUCCUACUCGUAGCCGAGUCGGGUCGGGUAGGGCUCGGGUGUGUGGGUGGGCGCUGCACGCGAUACAGCCGGGUGGCCAUCGGGUGGUUUGGGGUCGGGACGGGCCGAAACGCACGCGGGGCCGUCGCUCGGCAAACAAAAACCGACCCCUCCUCUCGCCUCGCGGUUUUUUGACCCGUCGUUUCCGUUUCCCGCAUUGCGUUAGGAGUUAGGACGACGACGCGCCGAGAGCCCUAGCCGAUCGAUCAUGGCGGCGGCGGCGCCGGAGGCGGUGGAGGUGCCGACGGAGGAGACGCCCGCGCCCGCGCCCGCGCCCUCCGUGGCCGCGGCGAGCGAUGAUCAGGCGGCGCCGGCUGCCGCGGGAACCAACGCUACGGUGCCCGCGCUCUACGUUGGCGAUCUCCACGAGAACGCACAGGAGGAACACCUCUUCGACGCCUUCAGCAAGGUCGGCGCCGUCACCUCUGUACGCGUCUGCCGCGACAACGCCACUAGCAGGUCGCUCAGAUACGGCUAUGUGAAUUACUUCUCCCAAGCCGAUGCAACGACUGCUUUGGAGCAGAUGAAUCAUAGCCUUAUAUUGGACAAACCAAUUAGAGUAAUGUGGUCAAAUCGAGAUCCCGAUGCCAGGAGAAGUGGCGUUGGAAAUGUGUUUGUGAAGAACUUUGGGGAUCAUGUUGACAAUGUAAUUCUUCAAGAACUAUUCUCCAAGUUUGGAGAGAUAUUAUCUUGUAAAGUUGUUAGAAAUGAGGAUGGCACAAGUAGAGGCUAUGGUUUUGUUCAGUUUGCAGCACAAGAGCCAGCAGACAUUGCAAUAGAGACUCUUAACAACUCUUACUUUGAGGGCAGAGAGUUGCUUGUUGCUCAUUUCGUUAAGAAGAGCGAACGAUCCGCCAAUAAUGAUGACAAGUACACUAACUUGUAUAUGAAGAAUAUAGAUGAUGACAUGACAGAAGAACUUAUUAAAUUAAAGUUCUCUCAGUUUGGUCAAGUAACUAGUGUGAAGAUAAUGAAGAGAGAUGAUGGAACAUCCAAGGGUUUUGGGUUUGUUAGUUUCAAAACCCCAGAAAGUGCCAAGAAAGCAAAAGAGACCAUGAAUGGGAUGGCUUUGGGAGCGAAAACUUUGUAUGUGGCAAGGGCUCAAAAAAAGGCUGAAAGAAAGCAAUAUUUGCAGCUCUUACAUGAGGAAAAGCGCAAUGAAAUAAUCACUAAGAGCAAUGGGUCCAAUGUGUAUAUCAAAAAUAUUAGUGAUGAAGUUGAAGAUGAUACUCUUCGCGAGCGCUUUGCUGAAUUUGGAAACAUUACAUCAGUAAAGAUUAUGCGUGAUGACAAGGGCAUUAGCAAAGGAUUCGGAUUUGUAUGUUAUAGCACACCCGAUGAAGCAAAGUGUGCCGUAGGCAACAUGCGUGGUGUCAUGUUUUAUGGCAAACCAUUGUAUGUUGCUAUUGCUCAAAGGAAAGAGGACAGAAAAGCAAGGCUAGAGCAACGUUUUGCUGAACUUGCUACGAUGGCAGGAACUGCAAGCCCUGUGAUCCCCACAGAUUAUCCUCAUGUGUACUUUGCCCAUCCCAGUACACACUUUCCCCAGGGUCCUUCAAGGCAAGGUUUCAUGUAUCCACCCAUUGGGUUCGGCCAAGAAUGGAGGCAGAAUGUGUACCCUUCGCCGCAUAGUAUCCAACAAAUUCAUGCACCACUCAUGCCAAAUACUCCAAGGCAGUACAGAAACAAUAGGGGACGAAUGACCGGGAAUAUGAUGACUUUUCCCCACACUGUUAACUAUGUGUCACACGCUCAGACAGCUAAAGAUUUCAUGUCCAUGUCCCGGCAGCAAUUCGCUCAUGCAAAGUACAUUCCACCUGAUGUUAUGAGCAAUGGCCUGGCCAUCCAUCACGGCGGCCCUAUUUCGUCGCUGAAUGAUUCUUUUGCCAGCUUGCUGGCUGCUGCUCCACCUGAACAACAAAGGGAUAUGCUCGGGAAUAGGAUAUAUCCACUGGUCGAGAGAUAUCAUCCUGAUCUGGCCAGUAAGAUCACUGGAAUGUUGCUGGAGCUGGAUACUUCUUAUUUGCUCUCGAUGCUGAAUUCGCAGGAUACCUUGUCUGCAAAAGUUAACGAGUGUGUGCAAGCUCUCCAAGGGCAGCAAGCGGCAAAAAAUAAGCCUGAGGAUCUGGAGGCCCUACACCCUGGCUUCCUCGACUCUACCGGUGUAAACGCCAACUGAGAGGGUUCACAACCAGGCCAAGAACCUUCCAUUUUCUUUUCUGGACAGGGAUUUUUGGGAACUAGAUAGCCGUUCUUUCUUAUUUUAGUUUGUGGAAUUUUUACCGAUUGGACUUAUGAGUUACUUGUUACUUAUACAGAAUAAAAAUAUAUUGGAUUUAGCUAGAACCUUGCGAGUUUUAUUAUUAUUAUUAUGACAUCCUAUGAAUGAAUC